CGGACCCCGACUUAGUCAGUGUCAAGCGGUCAGGCAAUCAAGUUGAGCUCUCUCUCCAUCGCCAUCGUCGGCCACUGCAGCCUAAUUCAAUUAAAAUUAAAACGCAGAUCUACGCGACCGAGUGAAAUUGCCCCAAAUUCCCGACAAUUAUAGGCCACGUUCGCCAGUAAUCUCGCAUCUGCGUAGGCAGCUAUAUCUGAAUCUCGGCCAUGCAAUCGGACGCAUCUCCCCUGGGAGCUGCUGCCACGGAAUCCCUUCCCAUGCACCGAUCCACGUCCAUGCCCGUGAAGCCCAAGCCGCUGGAGCAGAAGCCCCUGCUCCGAUCCUCCGAGAAGGAGACGGUCAAUGCGGCGGACUACUAUCCAGAAAGUCCGGGUUUCGUGAGGCGCAGGAAGUCCAAGAAUGCCGGGGAUCACCUGGAAACACGCAGCGAGCAGAACUUCCCCUACUCUCACGACUGGGCCGGCAGUACAAUAGAGCUAACACCAGAUGUGGGUUCCGGACCCGGAAUGUCUUCAUCCGAUGGACUGAGACGAAGUCUGCAUCGCGUAAUGGAGAAGAACGGCAAGGAGAACGUUGUGUUCCGGCGAAUUCCAGAGAAGUCCUGGCGCUACAUGCGGGAUCUAGUCACCACGCUGAUGGAGCUGGAGUGGAAAUAUAUGCUGACUCUGUUCCUGGGAAGUUACUUCCUCAGCUGGCUGCUCUUCGCCGCCCUCUGCUACGUGGUGGCCUACUCCCACGGGGACUUCAUCUUUGACCCAGUGAGUGGAGAACGGAUGGGCGAGGGCGAAGAUCCUUGCAUCUUCGGGGUGGGCAACUGGGUGGCCAUGCUCAUAUACUCGGUGGAGACGCAGACGACCCUUGGAUUCGGGGAGAAGUACGCCAGUGAGGAGUGCCCAGAGACCAUUUUUCUGUUCGUCAUGCAGAUGAUGAGUGCGGCAUUGAUCGAAGGCUGUAUGGUGAGCGUGAUUUAUGCCAAGACAGCCCGUCCGGCCCGGCAGCUGACCAAGCUCAAGUUCAGCGAUAAGGCGGUGAUCUGUUAUCGUGACGGGCAGCUGUGUUUGCUCUUUCGCGUGUGCGAUCCCCGCGAGCAGCAGUCCAUUGAGUCCAAAAUACGCGUCUACAUAAUCGUGGAUAAGCGCACGCGAGAGGGUGAGAUCAUUAAAACUCACGUGGAACUGAAGCUGGAAGGAAAUGGGGAGCAGAUUAUUCUCUGGCCCGAUGUGGUGUGCCAUGUCAUUGAUGAGUCCAGUCCACUGUUCCAGUUCACCAAUGCCAAGCUCUUCAAUGCAGCCCAAUUCGAGCUUUAUGUGUCUAUUGUUGGAACAUCCCCGGCCACAGCCCAAAUGACAGAAGCCAAGACGUCCUAUCUUCCAAGGGAGAUUUUCUGGGGCCAGCGGUUCGUCAACAUUAUUAUUUACGAUGCUCAAAACGAGCGCUACAUCGUGGACUAUGAGAACUUUAAUAGGACCAUUUCAGUGGACAUGCCCAUGGUGCAGCCGACCAGUGAUAAUUUGAAGCUGGAAUACAGAAAGUGAACUUGAAAAUUAUUAAAUACUAUCUAUUAAAAGACCGCUAGUUUCCUAGCAUACCGUGUAACCUAUUUGGCAAUAUUUUAAUUGAAUUCCUUAAACAUCGAAUUUAACAGUAUAUUAAAGACCGAAUUAAAGAAUUACAAGGACAUAGUUUUCAUAUUUUCAGAGCUAACUGCAAGAUUAUGUUUUAGUAUUUUAAUGUAAGCCUAGGUGCAGAUCUAUAUUUUGCGAUGAUUUUAUAUAUUUGAUGAACCUCUCAUCUAUAAAAGUAAUUCUUCUUCUGCACCAGAUUAACACAUCAACUUCAGCUUCUAAAUUAAUUAAAUAAACGCAUUGCGUUUUUUAAAGAACGAUUUUCGGAACUCACAAAUGUAUUAUAAAACUAACUAACAAUAUUUUAAUAAAUUAUGGACAUAUUAAAAAUGUUUUUGAAAUUGUGAA